AUGACCACCACCGCCCUCGACCGCAACACGCUACUCGGCGUCGCCCCCAUCCUGGUGGCCGGCGCGAUUGUGCUGCCCGCGGCGGCGAUCUUUGGUGACCCCACGGCGGCGGUCGUCGCGGCCUGCGGCGUGUGUGCGACCUUCGCGAUCUACGUGGUCGCCGAGUCGAUCGCCAAGCUGUCCCGGAUCGAACGACCGCUCGAGAGGAUGCUGCUGACCAUGGGCGUCCGCGGGAUGCUAGCCGCGAUCGCCGUGCUGGCGAGCAUCGCCACCAGCGGCGUUGAGCCCAAGGUCAUCGCCCUGGUCGCCGUGCCGCUCUACCUGAGCCUGAUCGCGGGCGAGGGGAUUGCUGCAACGACCUUAGGAACUGAUCCGCCGAUGGCCGCUGGAAAGAACCCGCUGUCUCCCGAGGUGCUCUUCGAGCACGUUCAGGACGCGCCGUACUUCCACGUGCCGCGUGUAAUGGCGCCAACAGGCUCCGACGGACACAUUCAACUGCCGCAGCCGCUGGCGACCCUGAUUGAGGGCUCCGACCACGGCCACGGUCCUACCUACAAGCCCGUCGUCGAACUGACGACAGGCGUGAAGGUGCUGGAUAAGUCGCUCUUGCCGAUGGACUUCGUCUUCACGAAGUUCAUGGUGAUCGAGCUGUUGGUGCUGGUGAUCAGCGUGCUGCUUUUCGGCUGGCUGGCGACCAGGAUCAAGGCCGGCUCUGCCGCCAAGGGCUGGUUCGCCAACCUGCUCGAGACCUUCUUGUUGUUUAUCCGCGACGAAGUGGCCCGCCCGACCAUCGGCGAGCACGACGCCGACGAUUACCUGCCGUUCUUGUGGACGAUUUUCUUCUUCGUGCUGGGCUGCAACCUGUUCGGCAUGGUGCCGUGGUUCGGCUCGCCGACCGGCUCGCUCGCCGUAACCGCGGUGAUGGCCCUGAUGACGUUCAUCACCGUGGUGGGCAUCGGCAUCGCGAAGUACGGGUUUGCCGGGUUCCUCAAGGCUCAGGUCCCGCACAUGGACCUGCCCGGCCCGGUGGCGGUCUUCCUGGUGCCGAUGAUCUUCGUGAUUGAGAUCUUCGGCCUGCUGGUCAAGCACGGCGUGCUUGCCGUGCGUUUGCUCGCCAACAUGCUUGCCGGUCACAUUGUGCUGGCGGUGAUUAUCGGCUUCAUCAGCUACACGGCCGCCUCGGUCGUGUGGUGGGGCGUGGCGCCCGCCAGUGUCCUCGGCGCAACAGCGCUGAGCUUCCUAGAGCUAUUUGUCGCCUUCCUACAGGCUUACAUCUUCGUGUUCUUGUCGUCGCUGUUUAUCGGUUCUGUGGUGCACCCGCACUGGAGACCACCCGUGGCGCAACUGUUCCGCAUCGCCAGCAUGUGCAUGGCUUACUUGCUCCUCGCUUCGUCGGCUGACGCUCAGGAAGCUGUCGCAAUGAGCUUCGACGCCGUCGGCAAGGGCAUCGGCGCCGGCCUCGUAAUCCUGGGCGCUGGCCUGGGCAUCGGCAAGAUCGGCGGCAUGGCUGUCGAAGCCAUGAGCCGUCAGCCCGAGGUUUCUGGCAACAUCCAGACCGGCAUGAUCAUCGCGGCGGCUCUGAUCGAAGGCGCCACGUUCUUCGCGCUGAUCCUGAUCGGCUUCUUGAUGUAA